AUGGCCAAUCGUGUUCAUUUAGGUGUAAAUAAGUUUGGAAUAUUCAAUGGUUCAUGUAUAUUAGAAAUGAAGAAUAAGGAAGAUCUUCAAAUUGUUAUAAAUGAAUGCAAGCAUAAGUAUAUUAAUAAUCGACUGGUUAGAGCGAAUCUACAAUGUAAAUCCAAAUCGGAAUCGUCCAAACCUCCCGAUGCAAGUAUGAGUUAUGGUUUGAAACUUAAAGAAGUGCCCAAUGUGAUUGAAGAUGAUCGAAUUAAAGCAUUAUUUCCCGAAACAUCUUUGACUGGAUUAAGCUCGGCACCACUUAAAGAUUCCAAUACUAGGUAG